AUGCGGCGCGAUGAGCGAGCGGCCAGAGCCCGCCAGAGCCCCCUCCUCAGCACCGCCAACACCCCCCCGGCCCAAGGCAGGGCGAACCCCCCAGACCCCCCUUUUCGCCCCCUCCCCGAGCCCCGGCGCUCCCAACUCCACCUGAAACACGCGCUCGCAGCUGCAGCGACUUCUUCGCCGAGGAAGGCGGGGACGAGGUUUGGGGACCUGUCGGACGAAGGGCGUGAGACCCUGAAAGGCAAGAGCUUGGAUGUUGAUGGCUGUGCCAGUGACCACGAUUUCCCAUCAUGCCCCGCGCGGGACUUCACCUCCCAGCGUCCCCCGCGGCCCCCCCUCCGCGCGCAGUGGGCGGGGCCUCCGCUCUUGGCGCGGUCCCUCAGCGGCGUGAGGGAGGGAGGGGGGGGGCGUCCGGCGGCUCUUAAAGGGGGCACGGCCCGGGGUGGGGCCCCCUCGGCGCGGGAUGGAGCGCGGAGCGGCGGAGGAGGUUCGCGCCGUGCCCCCGAGGUUGUCCGGCGGCAGCGGCGGCGGGAGUUGGACGCGCGGCGGAGCCGCUGCCGGAUCCGCAUCGGGGGGCACCUGGAGCGCUGGUGCCGCCUCAAGGAGCAGCUCGGCUUCGCCCUGCACUCCCAGCUCGCCCAGUUCCUGCUCGACAGGUACAGCAACCCCGGCGGCACCCGGAGCUCAGGGGAUCCAGGGGACCCAGGCCACCUGCACCCAGCCUCCCUGCAGCGCCUGGUGGUGCUGUCCCACGGGCACGGGCAGGAGUGCGGCUUCGUGCCCGACGUGCGGCCGCCGGCGCCGGGCAGCGCCGACCCCCUGGUCUGGGAGUGCGUGGCCGGGCACCGCUUCUCCUGGGGGGGCCCCGGGACACCCCCAGGAGCAACCCCGGAGCCGGGAGACCCCUUGGAUAAGGAGGAGGAGGAGGAGGAGGAGGAAGGGGGGCGCGGCGGGGCUGGGGGCACAGCCCCCCAGGUGCCCCCAGAGCCGUCCCCCGUGGCAGCAGCGGGCGGGAGCUCCAGCCCCGAGAAGGAGCCUGGGAAUGAGCCCCGGGAGCAGGAGGAGGAGGAGGAGGAGGAGGAAGAUGACCUGACCUACAGCGAUGACCUGAGGGACCAGAGCUACCACCCGGGCAGUGACUCGGAGCCCCCGUCCCGGCCGAGCCGCCCCCGGGCCCGGAGGAAGGAGAAGGAGAAACCCCCCGAGGAAGAGGAGGAGGAGCAGGAACAGCCCCUGGAGCCCCCCCUGGAGCCCCCCCGGGACCCCCCCGAGGAGAGGAGCGGCCGGGGCUGCCGGAGGAGGACGCAGGGAAAGGACGAGGAGGAGGCUCAGAUCGGCCCCAAAAGGAUCAGGAAGGCGGCGAAGCGCGAGAUUCUCCUCUGUGACUUCGAGGGUUGUGGGAAAAUCUUCUCCAACCGCCAGUACCUGAAUCACCACCAGAAGUACCAACACGUGCACCAGAAAACCUUCACCUGCCCCGAGCCCUCCUGUGGCAAAUCCUUCAACUUCAAGAAGCACCUCAAGGAGCACGAGAAGCUGCACAGCGACCAGCGGGAUUUCAUCUGCGAGUUCUGCGCCCGCUCCUUCCGCACCAGCAGCAACCUCCUGAUCCACCGGCGCAUCCACACCGGGGAGAAACCCCUCCAGUGUGAGAUCUGCGGCUUCACGUGCCGCCAGAAGGCCUCCCUGAACUGGCACAUGCGGAAACACGACGCCGACUCCUCGUACCAGUUCCCCUGCGACCUCUGCGGGAAGAGGUUCGAGAAGAGGGACAACGUCACCGCCCACAAGAGCAAGAGCCACCCCGGGGGGACCCCGAAAGGGGGGAUCCCAAAAGGGGGGACCCCGAAAGGGGGGAUCCCGACGGGAUUCGGGGCCGUGGGGCAGGACCCGGCCACGCCCCGGGAGGGGUCGUAG